CUAGAGCUCGUCUCGAUAACGACUAUUUCUCAAACGUUCAAAAAUGGCUUUAAUAGUGAAAAAUGGUUCGUAGUGUUUAAAAAGUAGGGUCUGUCACUUUAAUAGCAUUAUAUUAUAGCUUUAGUAGUGCUGGUACAUGCUACUGUAUUUUUUAAUACUAGAGGUAUUCUCUUUUAAAUCUUGCACCCAGUCCCUCCUUAAAAACAUAUUGCAUCCGCCCCUGCAGGAUAGAAGCAGAUACCCCACCCUGUAUAUAAAAUAUAGCUGCAUUUAUUAAAAAAAUCUAUAAAUCAAUUCAAUCGAUUUGUUCUUUUUUAAACUACACCACACAUUCGUGAUUACAAUCGCUUGUAACAGCCCGGAGGUUUACCUACAACUUAAGUAUGAUGUCACAUAAUGGCGGGCCUCGGGCACUAUGACAUUUGGAGAGUGCUCAAUGUAAUGUCUACAUUUUACACGAAAGGCCAACAAUGAGGGUCGUGAGACUUCAUAGGAUAAAGGUAAAAACUGUGUUGUUUGCCGUCUUCUUUUGUACGGGAUUAUGUUUCGUAUACAACAGCUGGUCUUUAGUAAGUGGCUUUGAGUCGUCAGGGAGUCUGUCGGACAGUCAUUUGACUUUACGAUUCAAGAGAUUUGCUGAAUAUCGGCGAACGGAGAAGCAAAGAACGGGUCCCGGCGAACAUGGUGAGCCAGUUCAUUUGGAGGGUGAGGAAAAAGAAAAGGCCAUGCGUCUCAUGUCAGUUGAAGCCUUCAACAGGAUCGCCAGUGACAAGAUAUCUUUAGAACGAGCGGUACGAGAUAUGCGCGACCCGAGAUGUAAAGACCUAAAGUACCCGAAGGAGUUGCCGUCCGCCAGCGUGGUCAUCAUCUACCACAACGAGGCGUGGUCGCCGCUGCUGCGCACGGUGCACAGUGUCAUCAAUCGGUCGCCGCCGCAGUAUCUACACGAGGUUGUCCUGCUUGAUGACUUCAGCGACAAACCCCACCUCGGACAGAAGUUAAAAGACUACGUAACUUCCACAUGGCCAGAUGGCAUAGUGAAAAUGGCGAGAACAACAGAACGAAGCGGUCUAAUUCGCGCCAAGAUAGAGGGAGCCAAGGUGGCUACUGGUGACGUCAUAAUAUUCCUCGACUCUCACUGUGAGGCAAACAACGGGUGGUUGGAACCCAUUCUUGCCAGAAUCAAAGAAAAUCGCAAGACAAUCAUUUGCCCAAUUAUUGAUUCGAUAAACGAUAAUACAUUGGAGUAUUCUAAAAAUGGUGGAUACAAUAUUGGCGGGUUUUCUUGGAGCAUGCAUUUCACGUGGCGCGACAUACCACAAAGGUUGCAGGCCAAUCGGAAAUACACCGAUCCAAUAGAGUCACCAACGAUGGCAGGGGGCCUUCUUGCAGUUGACAGAAAAUAUUUCUUUGAGAUCGGCACUUACGAUCCAGGAAUGGAAGUAUGGGGUGGGGAAAACCUGGAGAUUUCUUUUAGAGUUUGGAUGUGUGGAGGAAGGAUGGAAUUUUUACCAUGUUCCAGAGUUGGACACAUUUACCGAUCAAGUCAUCCGUACACCUUUCCAGGUAACAAGGACACUCACGGACUGAACUCUCGUAGAGUCGCCGAGGUGUGGAUGGAUGACUAUAAGAGACUGUUUUACAGUAAUCGCAAAGACUUGCUUGACAAAGACUAUGGUGACAUUUCGGAGAGAAAAGCACUAAGAAAGAAACUCGGCUGCAAAGAUUUUAAAUGGUUUUUAGACAACGUGUAUCCUGAGAAGUUUGUAGUGGAUGAAAAUGUCAAAGCCUGGGGAAUGGUUCAGAACAGACCCAGCAGCCUGUGUUUCGACUCUCUACACCGAGAUGACAAGAUAGAGUAUGAUGUCGGUUUGUACUAUUGUCAGGGCGGAAACAGCAUGAACCAGGUAUUUUCUUACAGUACAAAUGACGAAUUACGUAGGGAGGAAGUGUGUCUGAAUGCAGGAGCUGAAAAUGGCACUGUAGCCCGGAUGUUGACCUGUGAUAAAGAUAAACCAACCAUGAAAUGGAACUACAAUAAGGCAAAAGGAGCACUGAUCAAUAAGGUGACCGGGAAGUGUUUGGACAGGGGCAGUGUGGGAAGUGGUGGGUUGGUCGUCGUCAACACUUGCACAGGCGCAGAUUCUCAGAGAUGGACAUUUCAACACGUCGUUAGCUGAUCACGGCUCCUUCAUUUAAAUUAUUUAAAUUUAUGCAAGCCACGUGUACGUAUUUAUAUAAUAUACAAUGGUAGUUUGGUUCGUUUACGGAUUGUCAGAGAUGGACAUUUCAACACUUUGCUUGUUAAUUCAUAAUCAUGAGAUCAUGUUUUAUGCUGAUUGACAGGCUCUGGUGCACAUCUGAUAAUAUAUUUGAAAACCAAUACCAUACCACGACACAGCUGUUCAUUUUCAUCUCAACAUUGCAUAAUAACUAAAAUAUUUAUUAUUUUUCUUGUGAAAUGUAUACCUUGAAUUGCACGCCCACAACAAUUAGAUUCAAAUAAUUUCGUUUGUUACUGUUUUAAAACUUGAAAAACUCAACAAUUUGUGAUCAACAGUGUUGGAAGUUUAAAGGAUCUUCAAAAGAGGGGCACGAAGCCAAGUUACUUUCUGUCAGUUUUCUCAGACAAAACGUUAUUUCACCCAGGUGCUUGGCUUUUAGCCUAUGUAUUUUGUUGGACACGGGCGUGUUUUUAUAAUAUAAUUAAAUAAUUUUACUUCUUACAAAUACAUCAUGGGAGGGCAUGGAGGCAAACCAGGUUGCGCAACACGGCUUUUUUUCAUUCGGGGCACAAUGACAGGAUUUUGAAAAAUAUAUUGAUUUUUUCACUAAUUGCUAUUUUCUAAAUUCUGCCCAUUUUCAACUCUAACCGCCCACCCAUCUCUUCUGUCCCGGACCCAGUCACUGGCGAAGUCAGAGAUUAUGCC